UUCAGAACAUGGCGGAUAACCUCACAACUUCUCAGCUCAAAAAGCUGAAAGUUGCUGAGCUCAAAAACAUUUUGUCGUCUCUAAAUCUUUCUACCACAGGUAAAAAGGAUGAUCUGAUUGCUCGCAUUUCUCAACACUACGACGAGACAAUGCCUAAACAAGAAAAGGAGUUUCAAGAACCAGAAGAAGCAGAGCAAGAGAUGGCAAUGGCGGAAGAAGAGGAGACGAAGUCAGUGGACAAGGAGCCAGAGACACCAAUGGAAGUUGACAACGAAGACCAGUCAGCUGUCGCUAUGUCUGACUCACCUUCACCACAAGUACCCGUCGAACAAGUGGCACCAGUGAUAACUGGCUCAGUUGAAACGUUGGACACGACUGCCAGUGUAGACUCUCGACCUUCAAUGGAAGUGGCUGAUCAAGUCGAUGCCCAACUGCCUGCAGUACCAGUGAAGGAGAUCAGUGAAAGUGGAUCAGACGCGGCUGGUGACACAGCUGCAAUUAUAAAACCUCAACUUGUAUCAGAAGUGGCUGGUCAAGUUGAGGACGAACCGCCUCUAGCAUCAGUGAACGAAGCAAGUGACGGUAGAUCAGUUGAAGCUGUAGACUCGGUUGAAGUCAUGAAUCCUCCACCUUUAGUGGACGUACCUUUAGUGGACGUACCUUUAGUGGACGUCACUCCUCAAGUAGAUGUCACUCCUCAAGUAGAUGUCACUCCUCAAGUAGAUGUCCAACCACCUGCAGCGUUAGCGAGUGAAGCUACAGGUAAUGAAGUUGGAUCUGUUGAAAGUGUAGACACGGCAACAGCGAGAGGAUUUCAACCAUCAUUGGUAGAGAGUGGUAAAGUUGAUGAUCGACCACCUGCAGCAUCACUAAACGAAGUGAGACAAGUUGAUGUAGAUGGAACUGUAGACACAGCUACAGUCGUGAAACCCCAACCUUUAUUGGGAGUGACCAGUGAAGUCAAGGAGCAACCACUUACAACACCAAUGAAGGACAUUGAAUCAGUUACGGUAUCUUCAUUCGUAUCACACCAUCCGGUUCGUUCUCUUGCACAGCGUGAAUUGCCACGAGCUGUACCUGUAGCUCCUACUGGAAUAAUGGAGACAUCAGACUCUGGUGUUGGUAGUGAAGACCAGCAACGAUCUCCUCGUAAACCAAGAACCUCUGUAGCUGCUUCUGUAUCAGCUACUGUGACUGGUCAACAAGUGCAGACUGCGAAAGAGAAGAAGCGUAAGAAGAAGAAACGAAGACGAGUUAGGAUGCAACAACAGGAGCGACGAAAUGAUGAAGAAGAAAGAGCACCACAAAAUGAUGUAGAAAUCGAAUACAUACAAGAGGACGUUCGGUUUGAUGUAACCAAUCCAAACUACGCAGCCUUUCAACAAAUUUUUGAAGCAUUCAAGAUCUCUGAACCAGAGAAGGAUGUAACCCAAGAGCAAGAGCUUGAAAACAAAGCAAAGGAGAAGGGACAAAAAAGUGACUCUUCAGAUGACGAGGACUUUGAUGGCAAGAAGCAGGAUGAAAAUAAAAAGUCAAAGAAAAAGUUAAGGAAAGAAUUAAGAAUGAGCAUCGCCACUUUGAAACAGCAAGUCAUACGGCCUGAUUUGGUGGAAAUGCAUGAUGUCACAGCGCAUGAUCCAGUUCUUCUUCUGCAUCUCAAGGCCACUCGUAACACUGUGGCCGUUCCUCGUCAUUGGUGUUUCAAGAGAAAGUAUCUUGCAGGCAAGCGUGGGUUUGUAAAGCCUGCUUUUGAGCUGCCUGACUUCAUUCGAAGAACAGGUAUCAUGGAGAUGCGGGAGGCUUUGCAAGAAAAGGAAGAGCAGAAAACCCUGAAAGCUAAAACUAGAGAAAGAGUUCGUCCUAAAAUGGGUAAAAUUGAUAUUGACUACCAGAAGCUUCAUGAUGCAUUCUUCAGAUGGCAAACAAAACCCAAAAUGACUAUUCAUGGUGAACUUUAUUAUGAGGGGAAGGAGUUUGAAACAAGACUGAAAGAGAAGAAGCCGGGUGAUUUGUCUGAUGAUUUGAAGACUGCAUUGGGCAUGCCAACUGGAGCGGGCUCUGAGAAGAUUCCGCCCCCAUGGUUGAUUGCUAUGCAGCGUUAUGGUCCUCCUCCUUCGUAUCCUAAUCUAAAGAUUCGAGGAUUAAAUGCUCCAAUUCCAGAAGGUUGCUCAUUCGGUUAUCAUCCUGGUGGAUGGGGAAAACCUCCAGUUGAUGAACAGGGUCGACCACUGUAUGGAGAUGUUUUUGGAACAGACGUCGAUUGUGGCUUUGUACUGAAUCAAGACGAGACUGUUGAUAAGACACUGUGGGGUGAGAUGGAGUCAGAGUCUGAAGAAGAGGAGGAAGAGGAAGAGGAAGAAGAGGAGGAGGGAGAAGGUGAUGGUGCACAUGAUGAAGACGGUCUAAUGACUCCAUCUGAAGGCUUAGCAACUCCAAGUGGCGUCACAUCAAUUCCUGUUGGAGUCGAAACACCAGACAUAAUUGAACUCAGGAAGAAAACUAUCGAAGAGGCAAUGGAGCAAGGUGUCGAGACUCCGGCUUUGUACACUGUUGUACCCGAGAAGAGAGCAGCUGUUGGUGGAGCGAUGCUCGGCUCUUCUCAUGUCUAUGACCUGCAAACGGCUGCCGGAGGCGCGCAGAGCAAGAAGGACAAGUCGGGUACUGAAGGAAUCGACGUUUCGCUCGACCCGAGCGAGUUAGAGUUGGACCAGGCCGCGAUAUCCGCCAAGUACGAACAACGGUUGCGAGAGCAGGGUGGUGAAAGGGAGGACUUGAGUGACAUGGUGGCCGAACACGCAGCCAAACAAAGCAAAAAGCGGAAGAGAACGACGGCGGACGAGACGAAAACGAGCAAGAAAUACAAAGAAUUCAAGUUCUAAGCCUGACAGUUAGUUGUGUGUUUGAACUAGACUGUAGCAUAUUGUGUAUUGACGUUUUGCUUUGUGUGGAUAACACCGCAUGCUCGGAACAAUGUCGAGUGAUACACCGCGGUGAGACUAGCCUUCCGGCAUUGCGAGUCAGUCAACACUGC